AUGCAAUCUUUUAAUAAAAUGCCAUCCUUUGGGGAUGAUACUUUAUCUGCCUGUAUUCAGGCUGAAGUCAAAAAUAUGAACAUUAACAACAAUUGUAAUAAUAUGGGCAAAUAUUUGAAGAAUGAUACAUUUCCUUCUAAGAGUAACGAUACAUCAAGUGAUAUUAAUAAAGUCACUGAAAUUAAAGAAGUAUCAGUUAGCUCUACUAACAGGAAAACUAAUUCAAAUCAAAACAAUCUAAAAUGUAAAAAACUUCAAAGAAGUAAUGUUUCAAAAUUAAAGCUUGUUACCAGCGCAUCAAAUGAAUCAAAAAUAAGAAAAAAUCCCUCCUUGAGAAAAAAUUUAAAUUUAUAUAAAAUUAAUGAGGAAAAUGAUAAUUUAAAUGUUAAUUACAUAAAGAGUAACAUUUCCUCCAAUGUAAAUACAUUGCUAAAACAAUGUAAUAAAUCUGAAUUGUCAACCUUACAUGUUGAUAACACAAAAAGUAACGUUACACGUAGUGUCACAACUGAUGUAAGCAAUAUAGAGUCAUCCGUCAUAAGUAAUGCACAAAAAUCUUCAAAGUUAACUUCUUUUGUCUCUAUUAUCCCCACCCAAGAUCGAUGCAAAUUAGCUUCAUGGGGAUUACCACCAAACAUUCUUCAGAAAUAUGAAGCACGAAGAAUAAUUAUUAUGUUUGAUUGGCAAGUGGAAUGCUUAUCAAAUUAUAAAGUUAUAGAAAAUAACUGUAAUCUUGUAUACUCUGCUCCAACAUCAGCUGGAAAAACAUUGGUAGCAGAAAUUCUUAUGAUAAAGACAGUAUUAGAAAGAAGAAAAAAAGACUUAUUAUCUGAUAGUGGUGUUCGAGUAGAAGGUUUUAUGGGUGGCGUUGUGCCCUCUGGAGGGUUUACAGCAACCCAUAUUGCAAUAGCAACUAUUGAAAAAGCAAAUUCAUUAAUAAAUCAUUUAAUGGAAGAAAAUGAAUUAAUUAAUUUAGGAGCAGUCAUCAUAGAUGAAUUGCAUCUUGUUGGUGAUCCAAAUCGUGGAUAUCUUCUUGAAUUACUUUUAACUAAGUUAAAAUAUAUGGCGUUUAGAAAUGAAAACAUUAAUAUACAAUUGAUCGGCAUGUCUGCUACACUUCCAAAUUUGCCUAUUUUAGCAAAGUGGUUAGACGCAGAAUUAUAUAAAACAGAAUUCAGACCAGUACCUUUAAACGAACAGUGCAAGAUUGGCAGAAAUAUAUAUGACAAUAAAUUAUGCCUUAUCAGAAGCUUAACACCAAUGCCAGAAUUAACUAUGGAUACAGAUGAUAUUCUUCACUUAUGUAUUGAAACAAUAUCUGAUGGGCACAGUAUAUUAAUCUUUUGUUCUACAAAAAAUUGGUGUGAAAAGCUAGCCGAACAAAUUGCUGCUGCAUUUUGUAAACUGGGUCGGGAAAAUACACAUCUAGGUAAAACUUUAAGACAGCAACUAGAUGCUGCAUUAAUUUCUGAAACAUUAGAGCAACUUAAACGUAGUCCCACCGGUUUAGAUAAUGUAUUAAAGAAUACAGUUUCAUUUGGAACAGCAUUUCAUCAUGCUGGUCUUACUAUGGACGAACGCGAUAUUAUAGAAGGAUCUUUCAGAUCUGGAUCUUUAAGGGUUCUUGUUGCUACAUCAACUUUAAGUAGCGGAGUAAAUUUACCUGCUAGAAGGGUAAUUAUCAGAUCUCCAAAGUUUGCUGGCAAACUGCUAGAUAGUCUUAGCUAUCGGCAAAUGAUAGGACGAGCAGGUAGAAUGGGAAAAGAUACAGCAGGAGAAAGUAUACUUAUGUGCAGUCCAACUGAACAAAAAGCAGCUGAAACAUUGUUAUCAGCAUCGUUGAAACCAAUUGAAUCGUGCCUUGAGAAUUUAACACCAUUGAUUCGUGCUCUUCUAGAGGCUAUAGCUAGCGAGGUCGUAUAUACCCCAUCAGAUCUUGAAUUGUACACCAAGUGUACUUUAGUAAGUCUGAGCGAUGAAUUUGACUCGGAAGAUCUUUGGAAUAAAGCAGUCAAAUUUUUGGUAGACAAUGAAUUUUUAUUAUUGCAAAAAACUGAAGAAGGACAGAGAUGGGUAGCUACAGCUUUUGGAAAAGCAUGUUUAGCAGCUUCUAUUCCACCUAGGGAAGGUUUAGUCUUACUUGAAGAACUGCAGAAAGCAAGACGAUGUUUUGUCUUAGAUACAGAAUUACACGUGAUAUAUCUAGUGACACCACUAAAUUCUGGAAAUCAAGUUGGAAAUAUCGAUUGGAUGACAUUUCUAGAAUUAUGGAAAAUGUUAUCCGAAAGUGAACGCAGGGUUGGACAACUUGUUGGCGUAGAAGAGCGAUUUUUAACAUCAGCUAUUAGAGGCGUAGCACAAUCAGGAAAAAUGCUUAAUAUACACAAGAGAUUUUAUACUGCAUUAGCGUUACACGACUUAGUCCGUGAAGUUCCUCUUAAAGUAGUUUGUAAAAAAUAUGGCUGUUGCCGUGGAGUUCUACAAACUUUACAACAAUCUGCUUCUACAUUUGCUGGAAUGAUCACGCAAUUUUGCAAGCAAUUGGGUUGGAACUGUAUGGAAUUACUAGUCUCACAAUUCCAGACGCGUUUACAGUUUGGCGUGUGUAGAGAAUUAUUAGAUUUAUUGCGUCUUCCAAUGUUAAAUGGGCUGCGUGCUAGAAGUCUUUAUAAACACGGAAUCACAUCUGUAGCAGAAUUAGCUAUUGCCAGUGAACUUGACGUCGAACGUGCACUCUACAAAGCACUUCCUUUCGAAAGUGAAAAAGAACAGGACGGUGAACACGAAUCGGAAGCAAUAAAACGAAACAAAAUGAGAACAGUAUUUGUCACUGGGAAAGAUGGUUUAACGCCUCAUGAGGCUGCAAUGAUGUUGGUUCAUGAGGCCAGAACAUUGGUACAGAAUGAAUUGAGAUUGCAAGAUAUGUCUUGGAAACAAAACGAACAGUCCAUCAGUACAAACAAAUCUGAUACCGAAAUAAGUUUGCACGAACAGCAAAGUGCACUUCAAAUUACAGAACGCGCGAACGUGCAAAUAAAGAUUGAAACUGUAUAUAGUCAGUCUCAAAGUAAAAUUCACUCGAGUGAAAUUAUCAUUAAAAAUAACCAUGAAAAGAAUCCAUGUUCAAUAAUCGACGAAAGUAUGAGCAAAAAUAUGAAUUUUGCUCAUGAAGAAAAAGACACACCAAAUCAUAAAUCCGAUAAAGAUAGAAGAUCUAAAACUGAUGCAAACGUUAUAAAACAUACUGAAAAUUCUAAGUAUGACCUGGAGAACAAUACAGCUCAAGAGACAAAGCAUGAAAAUAUGAAACUUACUGACCAAUUAUUACAAAUAGACAUCCCUGAAUUUUUUGAUACUCCAGCUGAAAAGCUGUCAGCUGAUUUCUUUGACAGUACUAAUAGCCGUAAAAUAACAUCUGUCUCAAGACAAGAUAGUGAAUCGUUAAUCGCUUACAAUGGUAAAAAAAGAAAUUGUACUCGAAAUGUCACUAAACAUUCAAUGAAUGAGCUCCAGAAUACCAGUAAUGUACCCACCAAGAAAAUCAGAAUCUCAGAUGAAACGAACACUAAAAUAUCGGCUUGCAGAAAUACAAUUACACGUUUGUCUAAUUCUGAGAAUAACAUGAAACCAGAAGUUUCAAAAAGUCCUAGUCUUUUCGAUGAUAGUUUAAGCCUUGACACGCAAGUUUGCAAUAUCCUUGAACAAAAUAUCGUUGAUUCUUUGCUGUUCUCAGAAUUUGAAGAAAGUAAAUCAUCUGAACCCAAAGACGGAGAGCACACAGAGAACAAAGUUUCUAAAGUUAACGACAAGAUGGGCGUGGAAAUAAAUGUAAAAAACAAACAUACGAAUAAGAAUUCUUCAAAUUUCACAAAUUCACAAGUGAAACAGAGUAUAAUUUCAUGGAAAGAUGAUUCUUGGAACGAACCGAGGAAAAUAAUAGAAAAAUUAAAUCAAAUUAAAGAUAAAAAUAGCGACAAUGUAUUGACUAAACAUAAUAUCAAAGAUAUAAAAAAUACAAAUAUGCAAAAUUUUGCAGAGAAUGGUGAAGUCGAUAAUUCAAUAUCACAGAUAAAAAAGAAAUAUGAUAUGAAAUUUGAACAGACUGUGGAUGUUCAUGAUAACUUAAAACAGAUACCGCAGAAACGUAGAUUUAAUAAUAUACCAGUUGCAAAGUCACCUGUUGCAAGCGUCAUGGUUUUUAGCAAAAAUCGCGGAACAUCGUUAGAUUCAAACAAGUCAGAUUCAGAUGAUAUUGUUAUUGCCUCUCAAAAUAUGAAUUCACCCGCUACAAGUAGCAAAUUACAAAAUAAAGUUAAUUUUGUAAAAAACCCAAAGUUGUGUACUCAAAAAAUUUCCGAUCGUGUAUCUAACGAUAAAAAUUGUGCAACAUUUUCAAACAAAAUAGAAAUUGAAAAAUGCAAGCUUGAAUCGAAAUUAAAUGAAACACUUGCACAAAAAAUGUUAACCAGUAAAAAUUGUAGCAUAGACGGCUUAAUUUCAAAUUCAGACGAUGAUACGCCCAUAAAAUCAGCAAAAAUUGUGCAAACAUCUAAAUUUAAUGUAAGGAAUACUCAAAGUAGCUCUAAGAAGUGUGUGAAAACAAAUGGACUUGCAGAGGCUGUAAGUGAAACGACUAAUUGGAAUACAUUGAAUAUUAUAAAAGUUGGAAGUGACAGAGCCACAUUUAACUUAUUUAAACGUGAAGUAAUGCAAAAACGAUACGUUGCAUUGGCUUUAAACUGUGCAUUGUAUAAUGAUGAAGCUAACAAUAUAGGUUUUAAGAUCAUUGAUUCCGCCACUAUUGAAAAAAGGAAGAAAUCUAAAAAGGUGGAAAGUUACGUGCAUGGAGACAAAAAACUAUGUGGUGCAGCCAUUGCUUGGGAAAACAAUAUUGCGUAUUAUAUUUCUUUCUCUAAUGAACUAGAUUUAAAAGUCCCAGGCAAGGAACAAAUGAAAUUAUUAAAAGAAUUACUUGCUAAUAGAGUUUUGUAUGUGAAAUGUUUCGCAACUAAAGAAAUGUUUAAAACUUUAUAUGCAUGUGGUAUUACUGCAAAUUGCAAAUUUUUAGAUCCAAAAGUAGCAAAUUGGUUGUAUGAUGGGAACGUUUAUGAAAAAACUUUUAAUGAAAUGGUGAAAGAAUAUUUUCCACAAGGAUGUUUUAUAACUAAAAGAAUAGGUACAUGUUAUGACGUAGGACCUGGAUUAUAUGUAAAAAGUGAAAUACCAGGAGAACUCAGAGCAUCUGCAGAAGCUAUACUUACAUGGCAUGUAACAGACAAACUACUAAAUAAAUUAGAACAACUAAAUCCAACAUUAUUGCACACAUAUAAUGAUAUCGAAAUGAAAACAGUGAUAUUACUAGCUUGCAUGGAAUUAACUGGUUUAGGUGUAUCUUUAAAAUCAUUACAAGAUUUGUCUUCCAUCGUCCAUGAAGAAAUGACAUCAUUAGAGGAACGUGCAUAUGCAUUAUGUGGAAGAAGAUUCAAUUUUUCCUCAUCUAAGCAAGUUGGAGAGGUUUUAGGUUUAUGCAAACAGAAAAAGAUUAGUGUUAAUAAAGCUGUAUUAGAACAAUCUGAUCAUCCAGUAUCCAGUCUUGUGAUGUCGUGGCGUAAAUUAAAUGCAACUCAAUCUAAAAUUAUUUACCCGAUAUUGAAUCUAGCUCAACACAAUUCUCGAAUUCAUGGCAAUUGUGUUACAUCUACAUUGACGGGUAGGAUUUCGAUGCAUGAACCAAAUUUACAAAAUGUUCCAAGAGAUUUCAGUUCUGAAGACAAUAGCUUUACAAUAAGUGUUCGAAUGGCAUUUAUACCGGCACUAGGCAAUAUUAUGUUAUCAGCAGAUUAUUGUCAGCUUGAAUUAAGGAUAUUAGCCCAUUUUUCAAGAGAUACAGUAUUAUGUGAUAUUAUGCGAAAACCAGGUGAUAUUUUCAAGAAUAUUGCAGCAAACUGGAACCACAUACCUGAAGAUCAGGUCGAUGAUAAAAUACGUCAACAUACAAAACAAUUAUGUUAUGGGAUGAUUUAUGGUAUGGGAGUGAAGACACUUGCUGUGAACUUAUCAGUGGAUGAAGCUAAAGCCAAAGAAUUUUUGGAUUCUUUUAUGAAUGCUUAUCCAGGUAUAUCUAAGUGGCUGAAUAAUGUAUUGGAAGAAGCACGUACAAAUGGUUACAUAACAACUAUUUUGGAAAGACGCAGAAUGUUUCCAGGAUUGACAACGCAAGCAGAACGUCAAGCAGUAAAUACAAAAGUUCAAGGUUCUGCAGCUGAUAUUGCCAAAAAAGCAAUGGUAAAUAUUGAAGAAAGAAUACGAUUCGAAUUUCCAAAUUCUGCAACUAUUAUGCCCAGUGGCAACCCUACUCGCAAAUUAAGAAGUAAUAGCAGGGAAGCACAACAAAGAGGUGGUUAUUUAAUAUUACAGCUCCAUGAUGAAUUUUUAUAUGAGGUGAAUAUAGAUGACUUAAAACAAGUUGCAAAAAUAGUAAAAGAAUCAAUGGAGCAAGUAUGUCAACUUGCAGUACCAUUGCCUGUUAAACUCAAAGUUGGACCAACAUGGGGGAAUCUUUCUGAAUAUACUAUUUGCUAAUCUACUUAAUUUUUUUAAUUUUAUAAGAAUAUUUAGCAUUAUCUAAUUGCUGAAUUAAAUUCUUCGAUUAGA